GGCAAGUCCACCAGAAUUAACACUUUUAUAGCACAGCUAUAGCACAGAUGAAAACACGCUGUAAUUUCCCACUUAAUGAAUGGCUCUAGUAUUCUACCGCUUUUGGAAUUUUUAAUUUGGGAGCGCUACAGGGAGUAGCCUAGGCAUGAGGUUUUACGCGUAUAACUACGCUUGCUAGCAUCCGAAAUUAGUUAGAGCUGAGCUGGUGUUGGCGCUUUCGGUUCGUGAUGAACGAAACACCUGAGUUUUACGAGUUGUAUCAAGCAAUGAAAAAACGAGGCAAUGUCCAGCGCAUCGCCGAAGUUUCCUUAUGGUGUUUAAUAUGCUUUUGCGCGCUUCUCGGCAACUCAGCGACUCUUCUUGUCAUAGCAAAGAAUCGCCGCCUUUGGGGCUCCACCAACAUGCUCAUAGCAUGCCUGGCGGUGUUUGAUCUCUCAAUGUCUGUUCUAAACGGGUUGCCGUUCGCUGCACCAUCUCUAGCGAUAGGUAAAUGGCCGUUCUCUUAUGCCGCCUGUCAAUACAUGGGCUAUUCCGGCAUCGCUAUUGCCGUCGGUUCAAUGCAGACGAUUUCUUGCAUCGCCGUCAAUAGAUUCUACCGAGUUGUGAGACCCACUAAGUUUAAGAGGGCUUUUAGUGUAAGAUCAACUGCCGUGUAUAUCGUAACCCUGUGGGUGUUCGCCCUGAUCGCGCCAUUACCUUACAUACUAGAAGACGAGAAAUUCAAGUUCCAGCCUGGUAAGAUCCUCUGCUUUCCUUCGUCUGAAAGCGGCUUGCAAAAAGGGCUUCAUUUUAUCGUUCUCGUACUCAUUCCGGGCACCGUCAUCUGCUACUGUUAUCUACGAGUGUAUCUUAAGGUGCGACAGCACAUGGUUGCCGUGACGACCUCUAUCGGCGCCGAGGAGAUAGCGAUAACUAAGACUCUGGUGGCGAUUGUGUUGGGCUACCUGUGUUGCUGGGUACCCAUUCUCGCUAUCGACUUGGUGGAUUUCUUCAUCGGGCGCUUGGUGAUGCCGCGAUGGGUGUAUCUCUUGUAUGGCUACCUCGCCAUGUUGAGCAGUGUUACGAGUCCAGUGAUUUACGCGCUACUAAUCCCAACCUUUCGACGAGAGUAUCUCAAACUGAUAAAGAAAAUACGGAAGUGUAACAGAGUGGGCAACUGCAGGGUCGAAGAUAGCAUCGAAACUACAGAGGUCUGCGUCAUCUCGUCUAAGUACAUGUGAUCCGAGCAAGCGCCGACGUCCAUGUUUUUGCCUUUCUUAAAGGACGCGGAUAAUUCGACUACAGAAGGUAAUAACGACAAUAACGAGUGCAUUUUUUCAUGGAAUUGACUGGCUCUCAACCUCCCCACUUGUUACAGUUGGGGUUUUCUGUACACCAAGACAGCGUAUCUAUGCCCGGCUUUUGCACACUUAUCCCCGUUAAUAGGGGACUUGCGCUAAGAGAUCACGUGACCUUUUGAGUGGCAAAUUCAAGCCAAAAUAAACACAGAAAUAACUGCGCCUGUCACGUCAGAUAACGACACACACACAAAAAAAAAAUAAAUGAAAAUAAACCCAUUCU